AAACCCGGAACUACAAACCCAUAAACAAAAAGGUUUGGAUAAGGGAACUGUAAAUAUCAAUAAAUAGUAGCGCUAAACGAAAGGAACACAUCUAGCUAGUUAUUCAAAAUGUGAGCGAAACCGAAGAAAACCAAUUGUAAAUACCUUUUUCGUAAGCAGUAGAAUAUCGAUAUUUAUUUUCUCUUCUGCAUAGACCGCUACCGAAGUGACGAACGUUAGGUUACCGUUACUUAGCUAGCUACUAGUGCUAACAGUUACAUUCGCCCGCUAUAUAGAAACAAAGACUGGUUGAUACAACUUUUACUUCUCUACAGAUUAUACCUGUUUCAAUGGUUCAAAGAUCGAGCAAUCCAAUGAGCGUUUAUUUGAACAAUUAUCUAACCGCGUUAUUAAUCCUUUAUCAGUUGAAAAGAAUAUAAGUGGGUAGGUACAGUAGCUACCUAGCCAAAUAGAGAAAGUUUCGAUAAUGACUGCUGCAGUGUUUUUUGGGUGCGCUUUCAUUGCGUUUGGGCCAGCGUUUUCCCUAUUCAUUUUCACAAUCGCCAAAGACCCAUUGCGAGUCAUCAUUCUAAUUGCAGGGGCCUUCUUCUGGCUGGUGUCUUUGCUGUUGUCCUCUCUGGUGUGGUUCAUAGCCAUGAAGGCAACCAAUGCACAAGACCUGAACUUGCAAAAGGGCCUGCUUAUAUUUGGCUGCAUGUUCUCUGUCAUACUGCAGGAGGUGUUCCGCUUUGGGUACUACAGACUGCUCAGGAAGGCAAAUGAAGGACUGGCAGCAAUCAGCGAAGAAGAGAGCUCACCCAUUUCAGUCCGGGAGAUGGCAUAUGUGGCCGGCCUGGGCUUCGGCAUCAUGAGCGGAGCCUUCUCUAUGAUCAACACCUUGUCCGACUCUCUGGGUCCCGGAACCGUGGGCAUGUUCGGAGACUCCCAGUACUACUUCAUCACCUCAGCUCUAAUGACCCUGGCACUCACUCUGCUCCACACCUUCUGGGGCGUGGUGUUCUUUGAUGGCUGUGAGAGGAAGAGAUGGUGGGUGAUUGUGGCGGUGCUCUGUCUCCACCUGGUGGUUUCUGGCCUGUCCCUGUUGAACCCAUUGUACGUGGGAAGCGUCCCCCCAGUGUAUGUCAUCAUGCUGCUGAUGGCUGUCUGGGCCUUCUUCUCGUCCGGAGGCUCCCUCCACAACCUCUCUCUCCUGUGGACUUGUAGGAAAAGUAAUGCAGAGACCUCGUCAUAAUUACGGAGACUAAGAAGGUUUACAAUGGGUAUACCUUCCGCUGCACUUCUGUCUACAAACCCAGCCAGCCAAUCCCGGGUCUCCACACCACUGUCUGCACAUUACCUUUUUCUACAUAAUCCUGACGGGCUAAAUAUCAGCCCAAAAAACCAGCGCUCUCGUGACCUAUGUGAGCCCGUUGAACUGACCAAGGGAAACCCUUCAUGCUGUAUAUAGCUGAAUGACUUGUGUUUACACCACACACACGUGUAUGUUUCUUUUUUUUGUCUUCGGGGGAACAACCUUUUUAACAAUCAAUAAUUUGUUUUCUUUGCCUCGCUGAUCUUUAGCUUUUAAUGAAACCCCCGCUCUUUGUAGUCAAGUGUCUAUUAUUGGUUUGACUGAAAUAUGAACAUUUUCAGUGUGCAUGUGGCGUGUGUCUAAGACUUUCACAACAGUGGAGAUGCUGUGCAUAACAACAGUAAUUCCACAUCAAUUCUAAUUAUUAUUAAAAUUCUGUUAUAAUUAUAAUAAUGACGGUAUCUGCCCUGGCAGAUACCUCCGUGGGUUAGGAAACGCCCUUUAUAUUGAGGGAUUCAUCGAACCUCUUAGGCGACUAAAUGGCUGAUAAUCAUCUUGUUACUCGGCAGACAAUCUUGUUCCACUAAAAGAAGGUGAAAAGAGAGAACGUGGUUCUGUUCACUAGACAACUGUUACGCAUGCAGUUGCCAGCUCCCCACGUGUCCUUUAUGUUCCUGAUUUUGCUUGUUGGUGUUUCCCACCUGGCAGUCAUGAGAGAACCGGGUUCUAUUCCCUAGACCCCAAAUGGAAGGAAACGGAACGAGACACGGCAGGACACCCUGACCCCUAGGAAAUGUUUUCGUUGUAAACCAAUUUUCUACGGCGUGCCCUGCGGAGGAGGACCCUCUGAUUUUUCCCCAACCUUUACCACACCAUUAAGAGAGUAAAACCGAGGACUGCCAUGAGCGGACUGCAGACUUUGGUUAAUUUCCCCCGAACCUCUGGGUACUUUUUCUGGGUUCACAAAAAGUCUUCAUCUAGGAUCAAUUGGGACUCUUCAUUAAUACAAGUCCAGUGUGUCAAUAAUUGUCUGUUUAUGAUGGGGCACCUGUUAGCCUGUUUCGGUGCAAUAUUCCUGGUUAAAAGUAGUGUACGACAUGGGAAUUAGCAUGCCAUUUGGGACAUUCCAGAAGUAAUUGUAUAGAAGUCUUGCAUUGACCGUUUUUGUUUUUCACCAGCACCAUCUGCUUGGCUCUGUCCUGGACCAUACUUGUUGAGCACUGCUUGAUGGAUACUGCGAUGUUCAAGUGCCUGGCUUAGCUGGGUGCAGUCAUGUCUUUUCCCAUGGUCCUCUACAUGGCUGGUGUUUUUUAAGUAAAUGCCCAUUACUUCAGCAGCUUGUCAAAUGGAAACGUUUGGAUGCCCCCAGCUCACCAACCAGUUGAAGUCUCCACCUUUACCUAAUGACUUAUGGUUUUCUAAUCUGUUUUGUGGUCACCUCGACGUGUUUCAUUUCCCCUGUCGCUUGUGUGUGUGUGUUUGGGUUUUUUCUACCUACCCACUCCUGUGUGAUUAGUGGGUGCAGUCUUUAGAAACAGGCAGCAAAGGUUAAAAGUUUAACGCUCUAUGGUUUGUCAGUUGAACAAUGGGGGUGCCUGGCCGCGCCGGAGUCCACGUUGGGGUUGUUUGGUUGGUGAGCCUUUGUUCUGCCGAUGACCACUGCCAACUGUGGGCUUCACCCACUCUACCAAUGUCGGUGGUGACCAGCCCUGUACUGUUUCCUCCCAGAGCGUACCUGUUGGUGCAGAGCGUUAUCUGGCUACGUAUAAGUCAGACUCCACCAAACACGCACCUGCCAGCGCCCACAUCCAGAUAAGUGGUGGAAAAUCACACUGAAGCCUGGCACUGCCAUGUACAGUACAUAUGGUACUGUCAAGAUUGUGCAUAUCAACCGUGGUUUGGAAAUUCGCUUUGUCAUUGCAGCGUCUGAGGGCCACGGUUCAGGAAAUGGAUAGAAAAGCGGUGGGGUUCUGCCACAUCCGCUGUCGUUGUUUGUGCUGAUGGCAUUUUGGGAACAUCUGUAUUUCGUUCUGAUUAUGCUAGUUGAAAUUGUAUUAUACAAGCCACACUAGAAAAGGACCAUCCUGAUCUUAGCUUAACGGAAUGCAAAUGUCCGAGAGCAGGAUGGUUUGUACGAGGCAAAACUUUAACUAUCCAUGUUUGUGUAUUAAUUUGUCUGUCAUUUUAAGCUAAUAUGGGUUUUGAUCAAUAAACUGCGUUAUGCUCCUUGUAAUUGUUUUAAAAUUACGGGGAUUAAUUCUGCUAAUUAUUUUUUGUAAUAAAUAUGAAUGGGAUUGCCCACGUACCAUGGU